ACUUCAACAGUGAAAACACACCCAUAUUUGUGUGCUCUCCCACAAAUACAAAAUUUCUAUUCAUAUGCAUCAAUCUUCAAUAUUUUCCUUCAAAACCAGGCAUGAUUUGAGAAAAGCAACUCACACCCACCAUCAUCUUUUCAUCAAAUGGGUUUCGUAAAGUCUCAAAAUUCAAUCUUUUUUCUUGUGUUGUUGAUACUUGUUGAGUUUUCUUGGUCAGAUGACACCACAAAUUUCAUUUACAAAGGCUGUGCAAACCAGAGAUUUCAGGACCCAACUGGGGUUUAUUCACAAAAUCUCAAAACUCUUUUUACGGCUUUGAUUUCGCAGUCAACUUCGGCUAAAUUCUACAAGACUACUUCUGGGCAGGGCCAAUCAGCCAUUUCUGGGCUGUUUCAGUGCAGAGGAGACCUCAGUAAUGCUGAUUGUAACAGAUGCGUGAGUAAUGCACACCAGCUGUUUGAUAAAAUGUGUGGCCCAGCUGUAGCUGCAAGAAUUCAUCUUUCUGGGUGUUAUAUGAGGUAUGAGAUUUCUGGGUUUAAGCUAGCUGGAGCUACUGACUUGUUGUAUAAGGUUUGUGGGGCGACCCGGGUUCGUGGGUCGGGUUUUGAUCAGAAGUUGGGUUCUGCUCUUGGGCAGGUUGAGAAGGGUGUGACCGGUGGGACUGGGUUUUAUACAGGUGUUUAUGAGAAUGUUUAUGUGUUGGGUCAGUGUGAAGGUGAUUUAGUAGGCGGGGAUUGUGUGGAAUGUGUGCAAAGUGCUGAACAGAAAGCUAAGAGUGAUUGUGGUGACUAUGUUUCGGGUCAAAUUUUUCUUCAGCAGUGUUACGUUACCUAUUCUUAUCGUCCAGAUGGAGUUCCCGGAACAUUGCCAUCAGAUACAGAAAGAAGUAAAGGGAAAGGCUCGGGGCAGAAUACGCAAAAAACAGUGGCUAUUGUGGUGGGCGGAUUAGUUGGUUCUGGUCUUUUUAUUGCUUGUUUGCUGGUUCUUAAAUCGGCUUUUAAGAAGAAACGCGAAGUUAAGUAUUAGGAUGGCUGAUACAAAGGACAACUGCAGAGAUUUUGAGCUGGAGAAUAUGAACAUAAGGAUGGGUGGACAAAGAGAUGUGCAGAGUAAUAUAAGGUAUAUACUGGUGUGAAAAGGUAAAGCUAAUGAUGGUGAAAGAGGGCACAUGACUUGGGAUUUUCUUCAUCUCCAAGUAUCUCCAUAUAAAUUCCACAUAUAUAAUAUAAGGUAUACAAGUUAAAUUAAAUUUUAAUGUAGAGAAAGCAUAUUUGUUAAAGGAUAAGUUAGGUUAGUAUGCUUUGUUUGAAACUGAAUGUACAUUCACAAAUGGUUGGAAAGUGACACACUAAUAUGAAUCAAUAUGGAGUAGUUGCUUUACAUAAAAUGUCUCUUGUUCAUUACUCUUUUAGAGCAGGUUGUAAUUUCUUGUCCUGUACUCUUUGUUGAAAGGGUGAAAAGGAAAUCCAGUUUGGUUUCAGGACCUAUAAAGUUUCAAGAUUUUGAAUGGGAACUCCUUUAUAUCU